CAGAGUAGAUGAAACGGACAAACGGGACGGAUCGGUAUAAAUUUAAGCAGUCCCGCUCAUGUCCCAUUUGAUAUUGGGACGGAACGGGUUCGAGACAAAAAAAUGUGUCCCAAUAUAUCGGUACAAUUACAAAACGGAUCCGAGAUUUUUUGAGACGGUCCAACGUGAACGGAUUUCACGCCCACCCCUAGAUGACGCCAAGGUUUGUUCUAGACCAGACUACUACACGAUCGGCGCACUUCGUUGAUUAGGUCUAUCUUUUGUCCGAGACUUUGGACUCAACUCAUAUGUUGACUUACUUUUCUCGGCCGCGUGGUGAUCAGUCCGCCCGAGCCCGCGAGCUUCUUGUAUUCUUUUUGAAAUUAUUUUGCAGGUUAGAAGGAUGAGAAGGCCAAGAUUAGCCUCGGCCACCUCACGAGGCACCCACGCCCUCGUCCCGUGGAGUACUCAAGCUAGGACUCAGCCAUCUCGUGGGGCACUCAAGCUUGGCCACUCAAGCUCGGCCUCAGCCACUCAAGCUCGGCCUCAUCAACUCAAGCUCGGCCUUCAGCAACUCCCACUUGGCCUCGGCCAUCUCGUGAGGAAGCUAGAGACUCCCGCCGGUGCCGAGCAUUGGCACUACUCCCCUUCACCUCGGAAUUCUUCCUCGGCUUAGGGAGUGGGGGACUCCGGGUGCUCGGCUCGUAAUUACUACGUAUCACGUCAGGGGAGCUUGGCGAUUGACAUCCCGACCUUGUAUCAGACCGUAGCAUUCUGUGUCGGCAUGCACUCGUUGGCAAUCCAUUAUGUCGAAAAACCCUUGACUCCGGACAACGAGUUCGGGGGACUGGAAGAUCACCUCUUCAGAAGUUCACACAGAAGACCUCACACCCUUACGAUGUUGUUCUUGGUUCACCUUG